UGGAUCAUCCAACAGAUGUGAUUGUUGAUGAACAAAGUCAUUCGAUUAUCAUUGCUGAUUCUUUGAACAGACGAGUAAUCCAGUGGAUGAAUCAAAAUCAACAAGUUCUCAUUCAGAAUAUUGAUUGUUAUGGUUUGGCAAUGGAUAAAAAUGGAUUUCUUUAUGUUUCUGAUCGUGUGAAGAAUGUAGUGUGGCGAUGGAAAAUGGGUGAAUACAAUGAAGGAGUUGUAGUGGCAGGUGGAAACGGAAAAGGAAAUCAACUCAAUCAAUUAUAUGGUCCUACUUUUAUCUUUGUUGAUGAAUAUCAAUCUAUUUAUGUUUCAGAUUCUGACAAUCAUCGUGUGAUGAAAUGGAAAAAAGGUUCAAAAAACGGAACAAUUGUAGCUGGAGGAAAUGGUGAAGGGAGAAAUCUCAUUCAAUUGUCUUCACCUUAUGGAGUCAUUGUUGAUAAUUUGGGUCAAAUAUAUGUGGCAGAUCGUGGGAAUGAUCGAAUAAUGCGUUGGAAUGAAGGAAAAGGUGAAGUUGCUGUUGGGGGAAAUGGCAAAGAAAAUCAAUUGUAUGGUCCCCGUGAUUUAUCUUUUGAUGAUGAAAAAAAUUUUUAUGUUGUUGAUUUAGGAAAUAAUCGAAUUCAAAAGUUUCAAAUAAUUUUUAAUAAACAACAACAACAUAAUACAAACAUUCCUGCAAUACAUGUUCAUAAUCCAGUGAGUAAUCAACAAAAACGAAAGAUUGAAACAUCAUCAGCUUGGUCAAAUCGUGAAGAAACACAAGCAACAUUCAUCGGAAUUAUGUGCCACUACUCCUUUUCCAACUUAUUCACCAUUAAUUAUGCUAUGGAUAAUUCAAAUUCAACAUGGAAUAAUAUAUCUGUGACAAAUUCAAAUCAAUUUCAUUGGGAAUAUUCACAUAAUGAACAACAACCUCAAACAUCAACUAUUCCAAAUGAUUUUCCACUUUAUGAUCCAUGUAAUAGUAAUACUGGUCUAAAUAUUCCAUCAUCAACCAUACUUACUCAUAUACAAAUUCUACAAGUGAAUGAUGUCGAUGAAAUGGAUGCACUUGAUAAAGAAAUUGAAGAUUUUAAAAAGUAA